AUGACACGAGGACACAAAACAAACACCCUGCCAGAAACUGCCGAGCUAUCUGUGGAUGGCACCAGAGUUUGUUGCAUGCUGUGCAUUGAACAAAGCCUGAUGGACUCCUUGGCUCGCGAUCCUUGGAUGCUCCUAAAAAGUUUCAAUAGCCACCAGAAGUCUGCAAUUCACAAGAGGUCAGUGGCUCGGCUUCACGAAGCAGAACGUCAAGCGGCUGCACUGUGUGCUGCACAGGAGGAGGAGACAAGGACAUUCACCGUUCUUGGCCAGUUGUGUGUUGCUGAUUCCCACAUUCCUGAGAAACCGGCAGUGAUAUCAUCAGCUGAGAAGAUGAUGUGGGAAGACUUUGACAUGGGUGACAUCACUUUCGAUGCAGGCAAGGACCACAGUGAGAUUCUCUGCCAGCAGAGGCGUGAUUUCGAGCUGAAAGCGUCUGAAUACGGUGUGUGGGAUGCCGCCGAUGAGCCUCCAGAGUUUGUAGAUCAUCUGGAUGCCGACAAACAGUGUGAUGAGGCUGAGCAAGACGAUUUGUUAGCUGACAUUAUGGAAGCUAUGGCAGAACAAGCAGAAAUCUGUGAAGACACUGGUGACAUACGUUCGCCUGAUGCUGCUCAAUGGUCUCCAUAUCCCUCUAAGUUGUUGUUUCUGCUUGAUGCCCUUGACAACCUUCCUCGGCUUCGCAUUUCGGGCUCGCUUAUGAAGAUGUUUCUGUGGUUGUUACGCGAGGUUGGCGUGAAAAGGGUUCCAUCGUUUGAUGGUCUUCGGAAGGUGCAAAAAGGUCUUCGCAAAGAGAGUGGAAUUCCGACAAUUCACUGGAUGUUGCCGAAAGGGAACGCAUUCUCGUUCAAUGAUCCCUGUGCCUUGGUUGCAAAUGACUGGGCCAAUCCACUCGUAUGUUCACAGCUCAAAGUCUACCCAGUGAUACCCCGCGAUGGUGUCAUUUCCGAGAUUUGGCAUGCCCAGAAGUGGCGUCACAAUCUUGAUCGCCAUUCUCUGAGCCCCAUGUAUGAUGAUGGUUCCUGUCAUUACUACAUAGACGAGCCAGCACACCUCAGGAGUGGCGGGCUCGUGAUUCCACUGCAAUGGCUAGAAAAUGAGGCAGAUGGAAAGAUCUGGGUGGAUGUGUGGGAAAUUGAAGUUGAGGGCGGCAUGGCUACCAUCAACGACGGCAAGACCAUGACAAUCAAGGCUGAAGACUUACAAGGCAAUAUGCUUGACCUUCAAGACACUCAGUCAAUCCCAAUGUGGAGUCCCGUCACCAUUGCUGCUGGACAUCCAUCCCGCAUGCCUAAUCCCGACCGCACAUUGGCAGAAGGAGACCCGCUAUAUGUCAACUUGAUCAACGUCUUUGGCGACGAUGUGUCAGGAAACCGAACGAAAGCUUGGAAUAAACAUUGGAAUAUUUACAUUACUAAUCGGAAUCUUCCACGGAAACUGCUUCAGCAGGAGUUCCAUACCCAUUUCGUGUUGACGUCGACGCACGCCAGCAUCCCGGAACAGUUUCAAGGCAUCAAGGAGGUUAUCAGAGAAACUCACAAGAAACUGGUCAAAGUACGCCAUGCAACGACCGGCCAACAAAUCAGGUUCAAGAUCAAUUGCAAUUGUGGUCCCGGGGACAAUCCUGCACAGAGCGAGGCAUCCGGUCAUAUAGGUGCAAAAGGCAAUCAUUUCUGCAGGAAAUGUCAGGUUGGAGGUUCACAGAAAAGUAAGGAGACCAACGAGGGCUUUCACAAAAUGUUUUACGCAGGUGACGCUCGCUCAUCUGAGCAAACAUUGGCGUUGGUUGAGUCACAAGUUAAAACCGCCUGCUUGGGUGUUGCUCAACAUGUCAAGGAUUCACAGCAAGAUACGGGAGUGAAGGAUGGCUACACACAGUACUGGAUUGAUGUUUUAAUUGAUCGUGCUCGGGCCCUGCAGAAAGAGCAGCCGCAGCACACUGCCAUUGAUAUUCAAAAUGAAUUAUUUACAUGGGUGAACGCCAACAAGGUUGCAGUCUAUAAUUCUUUCUUGACACUGGAAGGUUUUGAUGCAUCUUGUGAUACGCCUGUCGAGAUCUUACACACAAUUCUGUUGGGAAUUGUGAAGUACAUUUGGCACGGAACUCACACAUCCUGGAGUGUGGCUCAGAAAAAGACAUACUCGGCAUGCCUUCAAGGCACAUUCACAUCAGGCCUCUCGAUCCAUGCUAUAUGUGCAAAGUAUAUUAUGCAGUACGCAAAUUCUUUAAUCGGGAGGCAGUUCAAAACUCUUGUCCAAGUAAAUGCCUUCCACGUCUAUGAUCUAGUUGAUAGCUUGCAAUUUGCACUGACAAAAGCUGUCGGCGAGUUGACUGCUCUCCUUUGGUUCCCAGAAAUCCGAAACCUGGAAGAGUAUUUAAACGAUGUCGAAACAGCUGUGGCUAACGUGCUAGACAUCGCAGCAUUGAUUGAUCCUUCCAAGAUUAUUGCAAAAAUCAAAUACCACCUUCUCCCCCAUAUCAGAGAAGAUAUCCUACGCUUUGGGCCACUUGUUGGUGUGGCGACAGAGAUUUUCGAAUGUUUCAACACCAUUUUCCGAUAUUGCUCUAUCCUUUCGAACCAUCUUGCACCAUCGCGAGAUAUCGCUUACCAACUUGCGGAACAGGAAUUUGUCAAACAUUGCCUUUCAGGCGGGUGGUGGGCCGCAGCCAACAGCAAUUGGAAGGAGCCAGGACCAGCGCUACGGAAUUUUGCAAGCAAAAAUCCCGUGCUAUGGACAAUGUAUGGUUGGAUGCAAGCUGAAUUGUUGGUGCUGGGUACAGUGAAGCUCAUGCCUCUGAAACAAGGUCUAGACAAGAAGUUGGAAACACGGAUAGGCCUAAGGUGGAGAGAAACACAAGCCGGCAAAGCUGUCAAUGCUGCAAUGCAUGAUUCCGCAGCACAGUUGUACCGAUGCACAUAUGUAGUAGCCAAGUCUCAAGACCAAUGCAAGGUUGGCUCUUGGAUCUUUGCAAAAUCACCCCUUCCUGAAUGGAGCGCUGAUGCCGAUUUCGUCACUGGCCGCAUAGUCGAGAUCCUCCAAGACUCAGUAAAGGCUGAGGCAUUUGUCAUAAUAGAUAUCUUUUAUAUUGCAGCAACGCGCGAUGAAAUUUUCGGAAUGCCAAUGCUGCUACGUCGGUUUGGUGAGUCUGGAAUGCUCAUGGUUACUUCACAGGACAUUCUUUUUGAAUACAAUGCACAGCAUGACUGCCGGCAGGCUCAGUGUACCGCGUCAGGACAACGUCCCCUUGUACAAGAACGGGUAGAUUCUAAUCUGAUAGAGGACUUCAUUGAGCACAAACCCCUUGAUCGGUUCAUCGUCAACACUCACGCACUGCAUAACGCCCAUCUCAUCCAAGCAAUUUUGCCCCGGGAGCUAACCGCCCCAAUUCCGUAUGCCGCCGAUCGCCAAGCACAUCACUACUCGAUCGCAGAAGACUUCCGUCGGUCGCAGGAAACCAAGUGA